AUGGUUUCUGGUAAGUGAAUAUCUCAGGUAUAGUUCAGUGCUGUGUAAUAUUUUUUUUUUCACAUUAAAUAAAAGCUGUAGUGGAUACCCGGAUGCCUCAACUAUGUUUUUCACCUACUGUACCCAUUGACUGUAAUGUUAAUGUUUUUCACCUACUGUACCCAUUGACUGUAAUGUUAAUGUUUUUCACCUACUGUACCCAUUGACUGUAAUGUUAAUGUUUUUAUAUUUCUGUCCUAAUCACCACUAUGGAGGACAAUUUUGCACUUACAAUAACAGAUAAAUGUAUUUUUUUUCACCCCAAACACUUAUGUUAUGUAAAAAAAAUAGAAGUGGGGAACAGGGGCGGCAGGUAGCCUAGUGGUUAAGAGCGUUGGGCCAGUAACUGAAAGGACGCUGGUUCGAAUCCCCAAUCUGACUAGGUGAAAAAUCUGUUGAUGUGCCCUUGAGCAAGGCACUUAACCCUAAUUGCUCUUGAGUGUCUGCUAAAUGUAAAAAAUGAAACUAUUGUGAGCGCUUCUCCAGAUCACCAUGAGAGAGAGAGACCCAACUUAAAUCACACUAAAAACUGUCUAUCGUACAGCAGAGCAUGUGUCUGACUCCAAACCCCCACAACUGAAUAGAUAAGAGCAUGUGUUUGACUCCAAACCCCCACAACUGAAUAGAUAAGAGCAUAUUAUGAGCACACUGCUUACACAACAGAGCUGAGAGUUCUCCAUGUAGAAUGGGGCCAAUAUAUAUAAAUAUACAUAAAGAAUAUAUAAAUAUCCUAUUAUCAUUUAUAUCAAUAAUGCAACAGAACAUUUUGUAUUUUAUUGCAACAACACAAAUUCUUGCAGUUUUACCAUCUCACCACCAGCACCUCCAGCAACGUACCUCCCGCGGCUAUGGGGGGAAUAUACACGGUAGUGACGGUUACCGAAGGAAAUUCUCUCAGGAGGUAAUGCCGUCGGCAUGAGGUGUUCCAGAUUGGGAGAACAAAAGGACUUGAGUUCCUGUACGUUACAACAAUCACACGUGAGUAGUUAAUCAUGAAACAAACCCCUCCGCCUGAAUUGACGGAUGCCUCUCUGGAAGGAGAUCCUCGCCCUGAGCUCCUGCGUUGUCUUGGCUGUGUGCUUAGGGUCAUUGUCCUGUUUAAGGUGAACCUUCGCACCAGUCUGAGGUCCUGAGCACUCUGGAGCAGGUUUUCAUCAAAGAUCUCCCUGUACUUUGCUCCAUUCAUCUUUCCCUCAUUCCUGACUAGUCUCCCAGUCCCUGCCGCUGAAAAACAUCCCCCUAGCAUGAUGCUGCCACCACCAUGCUUCACCGUAGGGAUGGUGCCAGGUAUCCUCCAGACAUGACGCUUGGCAUUCAGGCCAAAGAGUUCAAUCUUGGUUUCAUCAGACCAGAGAAUCUUGUUUCUCAUGGUCUGAGAGUCCUUUAGUUGCCUUUUGGCAAACUCCAAGUGGGAUGUCAUGUGCCUUUUAGUUUGGCUGGGCGGCCAGCUCUAGGAAGAGUCUUGGUGGUUCCAAACUUCUUCCAUUUAAGAAUGAUGGAGGCCACUGUGUUCUUGGGGAAAGAUUUUGGGACCCUUCCCCAGAUCUGUGCCUCGACACAAUCCUGUCUCGGAGCGCUACAGACAAUUCCUUCGAUCUCAUGGCUUGGUUUUUGCUCUGACAUGCACUGUCAGCUGUGGGACUGUCACGCCCUGGCUCUGGGGACUCUUAUGUUGAGCCAGGGUGUGUAGAGUCUAUGUUUUGUGUUUCUAUGUUCAGGAUCUAGUUCAUUGUGUUACUAUGUUGGCCGGGGUGGUUCUCAAUCAGAGGCAACGAGAAUCAGCUGUUACUUGUUGUCUCUGAUUGGGAACCAUACUUAGGCAGCCGUUUGGGCAUUUGUGUUUGUGGGAUCUUGUUCCGUGUUGGUUUGUGUAUGUACCCAAGGACUUCACGUAUCGUUUUGUUGUUUUGUUCGUGUGGUGAUAUAUAAAUAAAAGAUGUUCGCAUUCCAUGCCGCGCAUUGGUCCAAUCCUUUCAACAACCGUGACAGAAGAUCCCACCUAAACUGGACCAAGCAGCGUGUGUCGGAGCAAACGCCGGGUAGGGAGCUGGAGAAGUUGGCGAUGGCCCAGGUGGGCCAAUGGUGGUUCUGGGAGGACAUGUUCGAGGGCAGAGGACCAUUGGCAAGGGUUAAAGCCCUGGCGAGAGAGGAGGUACGGCGCUAACAGUGUCGUCGUCGGACAGACGAGAGGCACCCCCAAUACAUUUUUAGGGGGGGGGCACAUGGCAUGGGCGACGGGGCUGCUGGAGGCAGAAAAAGGGCGAGUUAGUGGAUGAGGAGAGAAGGCCACCGGGUUACGGGAGCCAUUGGUGAGUAGAGGGAAGGAAAGUGUAGAGGCACGGCGAGAGGUACUGAGGUGUGUUGCCAGUCCGGUCCGGCCCGUUCCUGAUCCCUGUGUAAGGCCAGUGGUGUGUGUUCCCAGUGCGGUCCGGCCUGUUCCUGUCCCUCGCACCAAGCCUGUGAUGCGCGUCGCCAGCCCGGUCCGGCCUGUUCCUGUCCCUCGCCCCAAGCCUAUGGUGCACGUCGCCAGCCCGGUCCGGCCUGUUCCUGCCCCUCGCACCAAGCCUAUGGUGUGCGUCGCCAGCCCGGUCCGGCCUGUUCCUGCCCCUCGCACCAAGCCUAUGGUGCGCGUCGCCAGCCCGGUCCGGCCUGUUCCUGCCCCUUGCACCAAGCCUAUGGUGUGCGUCGCCAGCCCGGUCCGGCCUGUUCCUGCUCCCCGCACCAAGCCAAUGGUGCGCGUCGCCAGCCCAGCCCGGCCUGUUCCUGCUCCCCGCACCAAGCCAAUGGUGCGCGUCGCCAGCCCGGCCCGGCCUGUUCCUGCUCCCCGCACCAAGCCAAUGGUGCGCGUCGCCAGCCCGGCCCGGCCUGUUCCUGCUCCCCGCACCAAGCCAAUGGUGCGCGUCGUCAGCCCGGUCCGGCCCGUUCCUGCUCCCCGCACCAAGCCAGGGGUGCGCGUCGUCAGCCCGGUCCGGCCCAUUCCUGCUUCCCGCACCAAGCCUGUGGUGCGCAUCGUCAGCCCGGUCCGGCCCAUACCUGCUCCCCGCACCAAGCCAGGGGUGCGCGUCGUCAGCCUGGUCCGGCCCAUUCCUGCUUCCCCCACCAAGCCUGGGGUGCGUGUCGUCAGUCCGGCACAGCCCGUGCCCGAUUCAGCUGCUCCACACCGGAGCCUAAGCAAUCCGCUCCACCGAUGUCCAGUCCAGCUCCAGCCAGCGGGACCAGACCAGGGGCACUACGGGGGGGUUAUUAGAGGGUGGUGGUCACGCCCGGAGCCGGAUCCGCUUCCGAGGAGGAAUGCCCACCCGGCCCUCCCCUGUUCGGUUUAUGUUUGGCGCGGUCGCAGUCCCCACCUUUGGGGGGGGGGGGGGGUACUGUCACGCCCUGGCUCUGGGGACUCUGUUAUGUUGAGCCAGGGUGUGUAGAGUCUAUGUUUUGUGUUUCUAUGUUCAGGAUCUAGUUCAUUGUGUUUCUAUGUUGGCCGGGGUGGUUCUCAAUCAGAGGCAACGAGAAUCAGCUAUUGCUUGUUGUCUCUGAUUGGGAACCAUACUUAGGCAGCCGUUUGGGCAUUUGUGUUUGUGGGAUCUUGUUCCGUGUUGGUUUGUGUAUGUACCCAAGGACUUCACGUAUCGUUUUGUUGUUUUGUUCGUGUGGUGAUAUAUAAAUAAAAGAUGUUCGCAUUCCACGCCGCGCAUUGGUCCAAUCCUUUCAACGACCGUGACAGGGACCUUAUACAGACAGGUGUGUGCCUUUCCAAAUCAUGUCCAAUCAAUUGAAUUUACCACAGGUGGACUACAAUCAAGUUGUAGAAACAUCUCAAGGGCGAUCAAUGGAAACAGAAUGAACCUGAGCUCAAUUUCGAGUCUCAUAGCAAAGGGUCUGAAUACUUAUGUAAAUCAGGUAUUUUUUGUUCUUUUUUUUGCAAAAACUUCCUUAAAAAUGUUUUCACUUUGUCAUUAUGGGGUAUUGUGAGUAGAUUGAUGAGGAUUUUUUGGAUUUUAUUAAAGCAAUUUUAUAAUACGGCUGUAACGUAACAAAAUGUGUAAAAGGGGAAAGGGUCUGAAUACUUACAAUCCACAUAAUAAUUCACAUUUCCUGUUGCUGUAGGAUUAUUUUCCUGCUGUUGCAAACUGGCUCGAAUUAAGAUCCUUCCCCUGUAUCACCAUCCUCCUCUUUCUCUGACAAACACACACACACACCCACACACAUAAACAUACAUACACACACAUACACACACACAUACACACACACACACAUGCACAUAAAUACACACACAUACACACUCACACACACACACACACACACACACCCACACACAUGCAAAUGCAUACACACAUAUACACACUCACAAACACACACACACACACACACACAUGCACAUACACACACAUGCACACACACACCCUCACACACACCCUCACACUCACACACACACCUAUCUAGCUAAAGCUUUGGUAAUGAGAUUUGUAUUGUGCUCAGAUCCCCUCUUUCAUUUGGCAAACGGAGGGAUGUGAGAAGAGAGGGAUUAGGUAGGUUUAUUACACUGUGCUUUCCCUGGGAGGGAGGGAGGGAGGGAGGGAGGGAGGGAGAGAGAGAGGGGAGGAGAGAGAGAAAAAAAGGAAGGCCUCACUGUCAGUGCAACGUUUCCAAGUCUUUCCAAGUGUGUGUAGCAGGGUGAGAGACGAGCACAUCCCCAAGGGGAUCAACUACUAGAGAUGUGACCCACUUACACAUACACACAUGCACAAAAACACACCCACACACAAAUACAUGCACACACACACACGUGCAUGCGCACACACACAUGCACACACACAUACACACACACACACGUACACACACACACACACACACAUACACACACAGGCGUUCUGUGAUUGUUUAUUCAGAUUUGUCUUAGCUGCCUCCUCUCUUCUCUUCUCUUCUCUUCUCUUCUCUUCUCUUCUCUUCUCUUCUCUCUCUUCUCUUCUCUUCUCUUCUCUUCUCUUCUCUUCUCUUCUCUUCUCUUCUCUUCUCUUCUCUUCCCUUCUCUUCUCUUCUCUUCUCUUCUCUUCUCUACAUCAACUGCUCCUUUCUCCUUCCCCCCUCCUCUCUCUCUCCCUCUCUUCUUACCCUUUUGCACCCUAUCCCUCCAAGGUGACUCUCCUGUGGGUUUCUGUGAUUGAUUGAUACAUUGCUUGAUUAAGCGAUUGAUUGAUACCUCCAUGUAUUGCGUCUCCCCCUAAAUCCCAUUCCUCCCCCCUCCUCAAGGUGAGCCGCCGGUAGGGUUCCGUGACGUCCUGCUCCGUGAGGGUCCAGAGGGCUUUGCCAAGGCAGUGAGAGCACACCCUGGUCUACUGCUCAUGGACACCACCUUCAGGGACGCCCACCAGGUAGGUAACCUAGAGGUUAGAGGUUAGAGCCCACCCUGGUCUAAUGCUCAUGGACACCACCUUCAGGGACGCCCAUCAGGUAGGUAACACUGUAGAACCAAGAUGGGGCCCAGUCGCAUAAGAACAGACCCACACAGACACCGGUGGAAGGUAUCAGGUUUGCACUGUGGAUCCAAGACGGCGCAAGAUGGUAGGUGGAUUGUAGGUAGCCUAGAAAUUUGGUGCAGAGUGAGUUGACAACGUAGAUUAGAUGACGUCUCUUGCCUUUACGCAAUGUACUUCAACUGUAUUCUUCUUCUUGGUCAACAGUCCCUCCUGGCCACCAGGGUGCGAACUUACGACCUGAAGAAGAUCGCACCCUACGUAUCACAUAGCUUCAGUAAAAUGUUUCAGGUCUGAGAACGGGGAGGUGACAAUGUUUUGGUAUUUGUGAUGUGGAUUUUCAUUAAAUCUGUCUGUAUGUAUGUAUGUAUAUCAUAUAUAUAUAUAUAUCAUAUAUCUCUUUACUCUCUAGCAAUACUCUCUUCUCUCUCUGCGCGUCUCUAUCUUUCUAUCUCUCUAUCUCUUUCUCCUCUCUUCUCUCUCUUCUAUCUCCUUCUCUCCUCUCUCUCUCUCUCUCCCUCCCUCUCGCUCUCCCUCCCUCUCUCUCUCUGUCUGUCUCUAUACCUCCUUACCUGACAAGUGCACUACAAAUUGAAUGGGGUGCCAUUUGGGACGCAUCUCUCUGACUCUCUCUGGCUCUCUGAUGACAUUGACUAAGUGAUCAUUUCCUGGCUUCACUGUAGACUGUGGAGCUAUUGUUACUUUAAACUAUUUCUCUCUCUCUCUUUCUCUCUCUGUCUGUGUAGGAGCUACAUUUGACGUAGCGAUGCGUUUUCUCUAUGAGUGUCCCUGGAAGAGACUCCAGGAGCUGAGAACCUUAGUACCCAACAUUCCCUUUCAGAUGCUACUGAGAGGGGCUAACGCUGUAGGAUACACUAACUACCCUGAUAACGCAGUGUUCAAGUGAGGACACACACACACACCCUAACUUUAAUGUGGUAGGGAACUAUAUCUAGGCGCAGGCUGAUUUUUGUCGCAACGGAUGGUCAGGUGGCCGUAACAUAAUUAUAAUAUUUUUGUACACAUCAAAUUGACCACAACUACGCCCAAAAAGAGAUUGCAUUUGGAAAAUAACACUAUUUUCAUACCUUGAUCACAUUCAGACACAAUCAGAUGUAUCUUUUCUUGUCGGAAAUGCUUGGGAACAGAUUUCCCAAGUGAAACAAAUGUAUAUCUAUAUUCCUGGUGAUUUUACUGUCUUUUUUUACCAAAAACUUAAAUCAUUAAAAAUAAUUGUUUUGAACUGUCAUCCAACUCGGAAUUCCAAAUCGGAAACUCUGGCAUCUUUCUAGAACUCUGACCUUCCAACCUUACGAUCACUGACGUCAUGAUUUGACCUUGUUUUUUUUCCCAGAGUUCCCAGUUGUCUUUAAAGCACGAACACACACACCAAUCUUGAGAGCUCAUUCCCAACAACACAGUGCUCAUAAUAAUAAUAUAGAUAAAAAUAGAAAAUAUAAUAAUAGAAAAUAUAUUACAAUAAUAAUAAUAUAAGGUUGAUGUAGGUUGAAGAAACAUCAGAAUGCAAGAAAAGGACAGUACCCUACUAUUUUUCCACAUUUUGUUACGUUACAGCCUUGUUGUAAAAUUGAUUAAAUUAUAUUUUUUCCUCAUCAAUCUACACACAAAACCCCAUAAUGACAAAGCGAAAACAGGUUUUUUGAAAAUUUUUCCAAAUGUAUAAAAAAUAUAAACAGAAAUAACUUUAUUUACAUAAGUAGUCAGACCCUUUGUUAUGAGACUCGAAAUUGAGCUCAGGUGCGUCCUUUUUCCAUUGAUCAUCCUUGAGAUGAUUCUACAAUUUGAUUGGAGUCCACCUGUGGUAAAUUCAAUUGAUUGGACAUGAUUUUGAAAGGCACACACCUGUAUAUAUAAGGUCCCACAGUUGACAGUGCAUGUCAGAGCAAAAACCAAGCAAUGAAGUCGAAGGAAUUGUCCGUAGAACUCAGACACAGGAUUGUGUCGAGGCACAGAUCUGGGGAAGGGUAACAAAAAAUGUCUGCAGCAUUGAAGGUCCCCAAGAACACAGUGGCCUCCAUCAUUCUUAAAUGGAAGAAGUUUGGAACCACCAAGACUCUUCCUAGAGCUGGCCGCCAGGCCAAACUGAGCAAUCAUGGAAGAAGGCCUUGGUCAUGGAGGUGACCAAGAACCUGAUGGUCACCCUGACAGAGCUCUAGCGUUCCUCUGUGGAAAUGGGAGAACCUUCCAGAAGGACAACCAUCUCUGCAGCACUCCACCAAUCAGGCCUUUAUGGUAGAGUGGCCAGACGAAAGCCACUCCUCAGUAAAAGGAACAUGACAGCCCGCUUGGAAUUUGCCAAAAGGCACCUAAAGAACUCUCAGACCAUGAGAAACAAGAGUCUCUGGUCUAAUGAAACCAAGAUUGAACACUUUGGCCUGAAUACCAAACGUCAAGUCUGGAGGAAACCUGGCAUCAUCCCUACGGUGAAGCAUGGUGGUGGCAUCAUCAUGCUGUGGGGAUGUUUUUCAGCUGCAAGGACUGGAAGACUAGUUAGGAUCGAGGGAAAGAUGAACGGAGCAAAGUACAGAGAUCCUUGAUGAAAACCUGCUCCAGAGUGCUCAGGACCUCAGACUAGGUUGAAGGUUCACCUUAAACAGGACAAUGACCCUAAGCACACAGCCAAGACAAAGCAGGAGUGGCUUCCGGACAAGUCUCUGAAUGACCUUGAGUGGCCCAGCCAGAGCCCGGACUUGAACCCGAUCGAACAUCUCUGGAGAGACCUGAAAAUAGCUGUGCAGCGACGCCCCCCAUCCAAUCUAACAGAGUUUGAGAGGAUCUGCAGCGAAGAAUGGGAGAAACUCCUCAAAUACAGGUGUGCCAAGCUUGUAGCGUCAUACCCAAGAAGACUCGAGGCUGUAAACGCUGCCAAAGGUGCUUCAACAACAGUACUGUGUAAACGGUCUGAAUACUAAAUGUGAUAUUUCAGAUUCUAAAAACCUGUUUUUGCCUUGUUAUAUGGGGUAUCAUGGGGUAUUUUGGGUUAUUAUGGGUUAUUAUGGGGUAUUUUGGGGUAUUGUGUGUAGAUUGAUGAGGAGAAAGAAAACAAUGUAAUCCAUUUUAGAAUAAGGCUGUAACUUAACUUUCCGAAUGCACACUCACACACCAACUACCCUACCGCUCUCUAUCUCUCUCCCACUCUCCCCAGGUUCUGUGAGGUGGCGAAGGAGAAUGGCAUGGAUAUCUUCCGCGUGUUCGACAGUCUCAACUACCUCCCCAACAUGAUACUGGGCAUGGAGGCUGCAGGCAGGUAGGUUGAUUGUACCAUCCAGACUCUCCCUGAUGAAUAAGAGUUAGCUCAUCCCUCCUCACGUCACUGUGCUGUGGGUUGUUGAUGUUGUUUUGUCUACGUGAGUACUGCACAUCUAACACAAGUAGGCACAUCAUAUUUGUGACGUCUAUAUUUAUGUUGACAUGCUCGUCUUCUUCAUGAUCAUCAUCAUCACCAUCUUCAUCAUCUACAGGGCAGGAGGUGUGGUGGAGGCUGCUAUCUCCUAUACGGGAGACGUAUCAGACCCCAUGAGACAGAAGUACUCUCUGGAGUACUAUAUUAACCUGUCUGAGGAACUGAUGAGGGCUGGGACACACAUAUUAUGUAUCAAGGUGACUUUAUUGACACACACACAUACACACACAUACACACACAUCUACACACACAUACACACACAUACAGUUGAAGUCUGAAGUUUACAUACACCUUUAGCCAAACACAUUUAAACUCAUUUUUUUCACAAUUCAUGACAUUUAAUCCUUGUAAAAAAUUAUAUGUCUUAGGUCGGUUAGGAUCACCACUUUAUUUUAAGGAUGUGAAAUGUCAGAAUAAUAGUAGAGAGAAUUAUUUAUUUCAGCUUUUAUUUCUUUCAUCACAUUCCCAGUGGGUCAGAAGUUUACAUACACUCAAUUAGUAUUUGGUAGCAUUGCCUUUAAAUAGUUUAACUUGGGUCAAACGUUUCGGGUAGCCAUCCACAAGCUUCCCACAAUAAGUUGGGGGAAUUUUGGCCCAUUCCUCCUGACAGAGCUGGUGUAACUGAGUCAGGUUUGUAGGCCUCCUUGCUCGCACACGCUUUUUCAGUUCUGCCUAUAGGAUUGAGGUCAGGGCUUUGUGAUGGCCACUCCAAUACCUUGACUUUGUUGUCCUUAAACUGAGCAAGAGGACAAAUACAUAAAUGUCUAGUUUGAGAAACAGACGCCUCACAGGUCCUCAACUGGCAGCUUCAUUAAAUAGUACCUGCAAAACACCAGCCUCAACGUCAACAGUGAAGAGGUGACUCUGGAAUGCUGACCUUCUAGGCAGAGUUGCAAAGAAAAAGCUGCAUCUCAGACUGCCCAUAUUAAUCUUUUCUUUUUAUUGGCCAGUCUGAGAUAUGGCUUUUUCUUUGCAACUCUGCCUAGAUAGUCAGCAUCCCGGAGUCGCCUCUUCACGGUUGACGUUGAGACUGGUGUUUUGCGGGUCCUAUUUAAUGAAGCUGCCAGUUGAGGACCUGUGAGGCGCCUGUUUCUCAAACUAGACACUAUGUAUUUGUCCUCUUGCUCAAGGAAUAGCCUUCAUUUCUCAGAACAACAAUAGACUGACGAGUUUCAGAAGAAAGUUAUUUGUUUCUGGCCAUUUUGAGCCUGUAAUUGAACCCACAAUUGUUGAUGCUCCAGAUACUCAACUAGUCUCAAGAAGGCCAGUUUUAUUGCUUCUUUAAUCAGCAUAACAGUUUUCAGCUGUGCUAACAUAAUUGCAAAGGGUUUCUAAUGAUUAAUUAGCCUUUUAAAAUGGGUUGCUGAAAAUGGGCCUCUGUACGCCUAUGUAGAUAUUCCAUUAAAAAUCAUACAGUUACCAGACAGUUACCUGACAGUUACCUGACAGUUACCAGACAGUUCCCAGACAGUUACCUGACAGUUACCAUACAGUUACCUGACAGUUCCCAGACAGUUACCAGACAGUUACCAGACAGUUCCCAGACAGUUCUCAGACAGUUACCUGACAGUUACCAUACAGUUCCCAGACAGUUCCCAGACAGUUACCUGACAGUUCCCAGACAGUUCCCAGACAGUUCCCUGACAGUUACCAUACAGUUACCAGACAGUUACCAGACAGUUACCAUACAGUUCCCAGACAGUUCCCAGACAGUUCCCUGACAGUUCCCAGACAGUUACCAGACAGUUCCCAGAAAGUUCCCAGACAGUUCCCAGACAGUUACCUGACAGUUCCCUGACAGUUCCCAGACAGUUUCCAGACAGUUACCUGACAGUUCCCAGACAGUUCCCAGACAGUUCCCAGACAGUUCCCUGACAGUUCCCUGACAGUUCCCUGACAGUUCCCAGACAGUUCCCAGACAGUUCCCAGACAGUUACCUGACAGUUCCCAGACAGUUCCCAGACAGUUCCCAGACAGUUCCCUGACAGUUCCCAGACAGUUCCCAGACAGUUCCCAGACAGUUCCCAGACAGUUCCCAGACAACAUAGCAGAAACAUCUCUAACUAACACUGCGCUUCAAUCUAAGACUCUAUUAAUCUACUUCCCCCCUCUUCUCUCUGCUCCAUUCUCCUCCUCCUUCUCUCUCUCUCUCUCUCUACCUCUUCGUCUCUCCACCUGUCCUCUCCAGGACAUGGCCGGUCUGUUGAAGCCGGAGUCUAGUCGUAUCCUGAUCAGUGCCCUGCGGGAUCGUUUUCCUGACGUUCCCAUCCACAUCCACACACAUGACACAGCAGGGGCCGGAGUAGCCUCGAUGUUAGCCUGCGCUGAGGCCGGGGCCGACGUAGUGGAUGUCGCGGUGGGUAACACACACACACACACACACACACUCACACACACACACACACACACACACACACACACACACACACACACACACACACACACACACACGCUCACACGCUCACAAACACACUCGCACACACACGCACUCACACACACACACACACACUCGCACACACACACACAACACACACACACACACACACACACACACACACACACACACACACACACGCUCACACGCGCUCACAAACACACUCGCACACACACGCACUCACACACACACACACACACACACUCGCACACACACACACACACACUCGCACACACACACACACACACACACACACACACACACGCUCACACGCUCACAAACACACUCGCACACACACGCACUCACACACACACACACACACACACUCGCACACACACACACACACGCUCACACGCGCACACACACACACACACACACACUCGCACACACACGCUCACACACACACACACACACACACGCUCACACGCUCACAAACACACACACACACCCACACACUAACUAUUAAUAUGUUGUCACAGGUGGACUCCAUGUCAGGGAUGACAUCACAGCCCAGCAUAGGAGCCAUGGUGGCCUGCACCAAAGGAACCAAAUUCAACACUGGUACGUGA